GUUAAACAUUAAUAACAAUAAUGUGUGACAUCAUUUGUAAACCUUUGUGUUGUGUCUAAGAAUGAAUACACAACUUCACGUUUUAGUUUUUUUACUUGCCACUUGCGAUCUCCCGGAAACUGACAUGAGUUUAUGUGUGUGUAAAGUCAUGCGCAAGUGGAUGUGUAGAAAAACAGAGACAAGUUCUGAAUAGUCCUGACAAUUGAACUGUGUUGGUUAUUGAGAUGUGCUGGUGUUUGGGUAAAGAAUUAUGGAGUAUUGAAAUGAUUUAUCUUGUGAUUUCUGUGGAUUAUAGUGUGCAUUUAUUUCAUUGGAUUAUCAUUUCAUGUAUUUUUGACUACUAAAGUUGUGCGUCUUAUGAAGGCAGCUGCAUCCUGAGAGAAAGAUGAGACCGGGUGAUAGGACAAGCCUGCAUUUUAAAAAACGAACACCAACAAUGACUUGAAGAGGUCAAGUUUAAGUAAACCUAAAGUCUGUCUGUAUGUGAUUCUAUACUGGAGUACACACUCGGGCGCUAAGCUUAGUGAGUGUUUGAAGAGGGCGUCAGAGGAGAGGACAUCAUCUGACUCCAGGCUAGGAAAUUUUUAUUUGAACAUCAAGGAUCGUGUGCAACUUGAAAGCCGAUGAUUGGACAGUAGGACUUGGAGUGUGCUACAUGAACAUACAGAGAUUAUCCAAUGCAGUGCGCUUUGAUAGACGGCCGGGUGCCCGAUCAUCUCUAUGGACUAAUGAAGCCGGAUUUUCACAGAUGCAUGGAUGCGGAUUAGAUUUCAAGGCGCCAUGAUUCAGCCUCAUAGAGUCCAUCUAUUUGUGUGCCUCGUUACUGCAGCUGUGAGGGUGCUGGCAGACGACAACACCUACUGCCCACGGAGCAUCUACGACUGCGACAGCUUGGAGGCAAGGCUUCAUGCUUCCGCUGACGUCAUCGUGACCCCAGAGUUCAUGACCUCUUCCCACGAAGCCACGGACAUCGACGAACUUUGCAGAUUCUUUAAAAGUCCGGAAUGUUCGGACAGUAUAGUAGGCCAGUGUAAGGGCGAGGUCGUCUAUGCCACUCAGAUCUUCAAAAUUCGUCAGCAGUACAUCUGUGGAGAAAGGUUUGCUAGAAAAGAAAUGAAUGCACUGAAAGCGUGUGCCAGGAAAACUGACCGGAACUUGUCCAGCUGCCAUAAGAAACGGAAUGAAAGGUUGGAUGAGGUGAACAACUUGCUGCAGACGUCGCCGGUGACUCAUCCCUGGUGCAAUUUCACCAAUGACUACAUCACCUGCGUCUAUACUGUCAUGGCAUUAGGCUGCGCCAUUGAGGUGGCUGAGAAGUACAUGGAGAACUUCAACUUUACCUCACACUUCGUCGACGUCGUCAACGGCCACGGCUGCUCUUUCAGCCACCCGAUGGAAAUUUUAAAGACCACAGCUUUACCGGACAUCACCUCCCAGAUUUACAGCCGGCAUGGUAAUUACCACAGUGAACGCUCUUCCCCGAGGUUGCGCAAUUCGUCGACGUCUUCAGCCUCGGACAGUCGGACCUUAUUGUGCUUGUGUUGCCUUCUUGGUUUCGCCGCCUUUUUGUUUGGCCAGCGGGACGAACUGUGGCUUCUUCCUGAAAGAAACAUUAUAACUUUCCCUGCUUCCUAAAUGACGUUAUAACUGUUGUUUGUUCAAGAACACACA